UACCAAUUUAAACUUUUGUGCCAACAGAUGAAGCAAAAAAUUUAUUGCCAUAUCUUGGACCCAACAAAAUGCGAGAUUGUUUCUGCACUAUAAAUUUGGACCAAGAAGAAGUUUAUCGCACCCAGGUUGUUGAAAAGUCUUUAAGACCAUAUUUCAGUGAAGAAUUUUACUUUGAGAUUCCAAGAACUUUCCAGUAUUUGUCGUUUUAUGUUUAUGAUAAGAAUGUCUUACAAAGAGAUCUUCGUAUAGGAAAAGUAGCCAUCAAAAAAGAAGACUUGUGUAAUCACAGUGGUAAAGAAACUUGGUUUUCACUGCAGCCUAUUGACUCAAAUUCAGAAGUUCAGGGAAAAGUUCACCUUGAAUUAAAACUGAAUGAACUGAUAACAGAGAAUGGGACUGUGUGCCAGCAGCUUGUUGUACACAUCAAGGCAUGCCAUGGAUUGCCUCUCAUAAAUGGACAAAGCUGUGAUCCUUAUGCAACAGUUUCCCUAAUUGGCCCUUCUAGGAAUGACCAAAAGAAGACAAAAGUAAAGAAGAAAACAAGCAAUCCGCAGUUUAAUGAAAUCUUUUAUUUUGAGGUAACCAGAUCCAGUAGUUAUACCAGGAAGUCCCAGUUCCAGGUAGAAGAAGAGGACAUUGAAAAGUUGGAAAUCAGGAUUGAUUUGUGGAAUAAUGAAAACCUAGUCCAAGAUGUUUUCCUGGGUGAAAUUAAGGUUCCUGUGAAUGUGUUAAGAAAUGAUUCCUCUCAUCAAGCCUGGUACUUGCUACAACCAAGAGACAAUGGAAACAAGUCAUCUAAAACUGAUGACCUGGGAUCUCUUCGAUUAACUCUAUAUUAUACAGAAGACUAUGUGCUUCCAUCAGAGUACUAUGAUCCGUUGAAAACUCUGCUGCUAAAAUCACCAGAUGUUCAGCCAGUAUCUGCCUCAGCUGCUUAUAUUUUGGGUGAAAUAUGUCAAGAUCAAAAGGAUGCUGUUUUGCCUCUUGUACGACUAUUGCUGCAUCACAAUAAACUUGUUCCUUUUAUCACUGCGGUGGCUGAACUGGACUUGAAGGAUACACAAGAUGCAAGCACAAUUUUUAGAGGAAAUUCCCUAGCGACCCGGUGUCUGGAUGAGAUGAUGAAAAUAGUGGGAGGACACUACUUGAAAGUCACAUUAAAGCCUGUUCUAGAUGAGAUAUGUGAAUCCUCGAAAUCCUGUGAAAUAGAUCCUGUUAAGUUGAAAGAGGGAGAUAAUGUAGAAAAUAAUAAGGAGAAUCUGCACUACUAUGUGGACAAAGUAUUCAAUACAAUUGUAGGAUCAAGUGUGAGCUGCCCCACUGUGAUGUGUGAUAUCUUUUAUUCUCUGAGGCAAAUGGCUACUAAGAGAUUUCCCAAUAACCCCCAUGUUCAGUACUCUGCAGUGACCAGCUUUGUGUUUCUCCGUUUCUUUGCUGUAGCGAUACUGUCACCUCAUACUUUUCAUUUGCGACCUCAUUAUCCAGAUACACAGACAAUUAGGACAUUAACUCUUAUCUCAAAAACCAUACAGACUUUGGGAAACUGGGAAAGUCUAUCCAGAAGAAAGUCUCGGUCCAAAAAAUCAGUCAUGUGUGAAUUUCUCAAAAUGUUUCAAGAGGAGAGAUAUUUUACAGACGUGAAAAAGUUCUUAGAUGAAAUUUCGUCUACGGGAACUAAAGAGUCCAGUGGUACGAGUGAGCCUGUGCAUCUGAAAGAAGGUGAGAUGUAUAAAAGGGCUCAAGGAAGAACCCGUAUUGGAAAAAAGAAUUUCAAGAAACGGUGGUUCUGCUUGACAAGCAGAGAGCUCACCUACCACAAACAGCCAGGCAAAGAUGCAAUUUACACUAUUCCAGUAAAAAACAUUCUUGCUGUGGAAAAACUAGAAGAAAGUUCUUUCAACAAGAAAAAUAUGUUCCAAGUGAUCCAUACAGAGAAAACACUCUACGUCCAAGCAAAUAACUGUGUGGAGGCUAACGAGUGGAUAGAUGUGCUGUGCAGGGUGAGCAGAUGCAACCACAACAGACUCAGUUCUUUCCAUCCUUCAGCAUAUCUCAAUGGGAACUGGCUCUGCUGCCAGGAGACAAGUGAAACUACACCAGGCUGCAAGCCAUGUACCGCAGGUAUUCCUGCAGACAUCCAGAUAGAUAUUGAUGAAGACAGAGAAACAGAAAGAAUUUAUUCCCUUUUUACCCUCAGUUUACUUAAGCUGCAGAAAAUGGAAGAGGCUUGUGGAACUAUAGCAGUCUAUCAGGGGCCUCAGAAAGAGCCUGAUUAUUGUAACUUCACAAUUGAGGAUUCUGUUACGACCUUUAAGACAAUUCAGCAAAUAAAAAGCAUCAUAGAGAAGCUAGAUGAGCCUCACGAGAAAUACAGAAAGAAAAGAUCAAGUAGUGCAAAAUACGGAAGCAAGGAAAAUCCAAUUGUUGGGAAAAUAUCAUAGUUCGACCAGCUAAUGGAAAACUGGAAAAUACUCUUUUUCAUGGAGUUUUUAAUUCACCCAAUUGUGUUCAUAGUAUGUAAGAGCAGACAUUUGCUUUGAUGAUACCUGCUUUCACAUUGUAUUUAAUAUUUAAUGGUUGAAAUUAACUGUUUGGGAAUUCUGAUAUCCAUGAGUUUAUUACUAGAGAAUUUGAAACCCAGGGCUUCCUUCAAAUUCAUGCAUCCAAAUCCAUAUCAUUGCAACUUCUUUUUGAUAGAAUCUUUCUAAGGAAGGUUCCUAAGAAGCUUUGUAAUAAAGGGAGCACUUCAGAGUAAGAAAGCGUCUCUGCUUGUAGCACCCUGUUGUGUGGACUCAUUUUCACUACCAUUAGUGCCUGCUCUGUACUGCCAACACUGCAUUUUACUAGAAAAUCCCAGUCCAUUGUCAAUUCAGAAUUUUUCAUUGAGUUCAUCUGGACCUUCCAUCUCCAAAAAGAAAAAGAAGAAAAAACAAAACCUUUUUUUCCUGUGUUGUGUUAGAUGUUACAGGUUAUAGAGACAGAGAUGAAGACCUCAUAACUACCUUGAAAGUUGGUGGAUGUUUUGCCUUGUCACAGGUGUAAGAGUACGCAGAUAGAUAUCAGGGAAUAUGUGCUCCUGUGUGCACCAUGUUUACAUUUGGAAUGAGUGAUGGCACAUGAAUAAAAUGAGACCACUAAAAUGUUUUUCAUUGUUUUAAAUAUCAGGUACUUGUUUUCUUAAUUUGAGAAUCAGUUUAGAAUUACUCCUGAAUGCAUCUCUUCCCAACCAGAAGAGAAUAGUGAAGGUGGUGAGAAAGUCCCUGGACCUUGCCUGCUGUUUCAUGUCAUAGGAAGGGUGUGUGAGGAUGCCCUCCAUGUAGUGUUAGGUCCUGCUCUGACUCGAGAACAGUCACUUGGCGCACUUUAAUAAUCUGGCACAUUCCAGAUUGUAGUUUAGAUACUCCAUGGUAUCUAUCUUUUAUGAUCAGUUGAAUGAUCAGUGUUUAAGCCUAGAACAGUGCUUUCCUGAAAAUGUUUGUAUUUUAUUGCUGUUUCCUCAUUGCCUGCUAGCCGAAUGGAAUUAGGGUCAGCAACUGCUGAAAUCCUGUUUUUCCUUGCUCUGCGUGGGUCCUAAAAACCCUAACUGUAAAUAAGCAAUUGAAGCAAGUGCCACGCUGGAGAGCAGCGAUGCACUUGGCUUCGUCAGUAUUAAACCAUGGUACUUACUUGUCUUUUUUAAUUCAGAACAUUUUCUAAGUGUGGUACUUUGAACCUUGGGGUAUUUACACAUGUUCCUGUUGAAAACUGUGACUUAUUGGUGUAAGU